AACAAGCUGACACCCAAAUAGUUGGACAAGGUAAUACUGUCUCAAGUCUGGCCAAUGUCAAUCCGCAAGUGAAUGCUGGUAUUGGUCUACUUAGUUCCGUGACACAAACGGUUUCUGGUGCAACUGGUGGAGCUGCUGGUGGACAAACAGGAAGUGAUUAUAACGAAAAUCCGCAAGCCAGCGCGGGAACUCCAACUGCACGUGGAUCCAGCUCAAGUGCGUCUGGAAAUAGUAUUGGCGGCCAACAAAGACAAAAUACUGGUGCCAAUAUUGUUGGUGAUGGCAACACGGUUUCGAAUCUGGCCAAUGUCAGCCCUCAAGUCAAUGCAGGCGUCAAUCUUCUCAGCUCAGUAACUCAAACGCUUUCCGGCGCAACAGGUGGUAGUGGAGGACUACUGGGAGGUGUACUUAGUGAUGUAGGUGGCGCUGCUAAUAAUAUUGGCGGCAGACAAACGAUGGGUACAGGUUCCAAUAUACAAGGAAACCGCAAUCAAGUAUUCA